UGCGCUCUGCAUGGGAACACUUUCAUUUCUGCUUGUGUUACGUUGCUGGUGAGACGCCAAUCCAUUUCUAGUACUUGCGGAAACCUUGACUUUAGGACAAAAUGGGGCUGCCGCGGCUAGAAAGGUGUUGCUUUGUGUUUGAGCUGAAAACAGGGAACAUCAUAAUAGGAUGCAUCAACGGGGUGCUGACCUUCGUGAUGCUGGUCAUCAUGAUCGUUGAGGCGUCGAUGUUGGGCGUGCUGCAAAACCAGGCGACCGGGCUCGACCCUGAGGAGCAGGCGGCGCUCACCGGCCUCUACGUGAUGAGCAUCAUCCUGGUGCUCAUGUUCCUCGCCAAGUUCCUGUUUGACGUCAUGUUUGUUUAUGGCGUAGUUACGGAGCGUGCGGGUGUCAUCAAGGCUUACUUCAUCACGUGGACAGUAUUCUUCUUGCUGUCGAUGUUUAUAUUCUUCCUCAACUGCCCCAAGUAUUCUGCAGGAACUGUGUGCACUGAGCUCGUGUAUAUUGGUCUAAAUGUCUAUUCCAUACUACUUGGCUACAGUUUCUACAAACAACUCAAUAACAGAGAAGAGGUUUAAAUGUAUUUGAUAACAGAUGGCGUUGAAAUAAACCUAAACGUUCCCAAAGAGUAAUAUGUUAAUAUAAUCAAAUUAAAGAAUAUUGUUAAAAAAUAUUGUAAAUGUCAUUUUUGAUUAAAUCAAUUUGUUAAUGCAAUAACACGCAAUCAUUGCAUAAUUGAGAUAGAUUUAUAAACUUAUUAAACAAAUAAAAAAAUAUGAACACAAUUAUGUAACGGGAAUAGGAAAUGGACUGCCAAUUUGUAAAAUGAUUUGUAGAGUUUUCGCUACCUCAGUUUCCGAGAAUAGGUCUUCUAAUACCUACCAACACAAUAUAAUGUCGCAAAUAUUGGAAACAAACAUAGAACAAUUAGUUUAUGUAUGUCGCGUGCAUUUGUUGCAUAUGUCUUAUAUUUGGUAGAGACAAAAUCUAAAACCACGCUGAGCAUAAGAAAAAACUUUUUUAAUGCGACAACCGACAUUUUAUUAUUAUAAUAUCUAUCUACAUAAGACAAAAAGGUCAACUUUGUAAGAAUCAACUUUACUUCAAACUCUUAUUUUAAUAUGUCGAAUCAUUGUGGGACAAUGGAACAAUAAAGUUGAUAAUAUAUUUAUGCUACAAACUAAGCUUUAAGGGGCUGUUGUUUCAUACGUGGUUAAGUAAAGUUAAGGGUCUAAUCACACUGGUGCAUUGCAAGCAAAUUAACAACCAGACCAGGGCAAUAAGAAUUAACUUUCCCUGACAACGGUGGAAACAACUGCUCUUAAGUGCCAAAUAUGUGUUAAUU